AUCGGGGGUAACUGGGUGGUAGUUCAGCCUCGUUUCGAAUUCUCUGACCUCUUGAACUCCCCGCUGGUUUUUUAUUUCUCACCAAGUGAAUAACAGUGGUACAUAGACGAACCCCUGACCCCUCCGCGGGAGGUUCGCGCCUCGGCGCCUAGGCCACAUCAAAAGGAAGGAGAAAGAAAUUGCGGAAGCGGGAAGGUUAAGAGGACGGCACGAAAGGGAGAACGCGCCGUGUAUCACCAUGAAGCUAGUUGACCACGUGGUGAGGAGCUUCAAGGUGGCCAAGGUUUUCCGUGAAAAUUCCGACCGCAUAAACAGCAUCGACUUUUCACCAAACGGAGACACUUUGAUUUCUUGUUCGGAAGAUGACCAGAUCGUGAUAUAUGACUGUGAGAAAGGUACCCAGGUGCGAACAGUCAAUUCUAAGAAGUAUGGUGUAGAUUUAAUUCAUUUCACCCACGCAAAGAAUACCGCAAUACACAGCAGUACCAAGAUUGAUGACACAAUUCGUUAUCUAAGUCUACACGACAACAAGUAUAUAAGAUAUUUCCCAGGUCAUAGCAAGAAAGUUGUAUCGCUAUGUAUCAGUCCCAUAGAAGACACAUUUCUCUCUGGUUCUUUAGAUAAGUCUUUAAGACUAUGGGAUUUACGUUCACCUAACUGUCAUGGUGUUAUGAACGUUUCUGGACGUCCAGUUGCUGCAUAUGAUCCAGAAGGUCUUAUUUUUGCUGCAGGUGUCAAUUCAGAGUUCAUAAAAUUAUAUGAUUUACGCAGUUUUGAUAAGGGACCAUUUGUCACAUUUAAAUUGUCACAAGAAAAGGAAUGUGACUGGACAGGAUUAAAGUUCAGCAGAGAUGGUAAAACAAUAUUGAUUUCCACGAAUGGCAGCACAAUUCGUUUGAUCGAUGCAUUUCAUGGUACACCUUUACAAACAUUUGCUGGUUACUUGAAUAACAAAGGAAUUGCGAUUGAAGCCAGUUUUAGUCCUGAUUCCCAAUUCGUAUUCAGUGGAUCUACGGAUGGCAGAGUGCACGUAUGGAAUGCUGAAACAGGGUACAAAGUUUGUGUGCUCAAUGGUGAUCAUCCAGCACCUGUUCAAUGUAUUCAAUUUAAUCCUAAGUAUAUGAUGCUAGCAUCAGCCUGUACCAAUAUGGCAUUUUGGCUACCCACUGUCGAUGAAAGUGCAUAAAAUUAAUGUACAGAAUGUCGGGCAAAGCUCGCAAGAAUUUACCUAAUUUUGUGCAAGAAAGGACUGUAAAUUAUAUCAGUUCAAGGAAGAAAUGAGUGUGGACAGUUCUUGGGUAUCUGAAACAAGCAGAAAUUGCAUUUACAUUGUGUACAAAAUAGAAUAACCGAUGUAUGAGACACUGGUGUUGGAAUGAACCCAAGAAGCAGAAGAGUUGAUGUAAUAUCUAGGAGUUUGGUCCGUUUGGCUCAUUGGCUCGCCUCGAGUUCAUUGUGUACUGUUAUGUAUUCUGCCAUCUUCAUUGUUUACAUCGUCAUGUACUCUAUGGUGCGAUGAACGUGACCAUCAUAAUAACACCUUGUCAAUAUUUAAGAACCGUGAUAUACCAUCGCUUCUCUUCUUUCUCAAAGUAUACUACAAAUAUCACUAGUAUUUGAAUGUGUCAUCUUGUGUACAUAACUCCUUCUUGUGUACCUGUGUGUAGUAUAAUGAUAUUGAAUUAUCUACCGUAUGCUACAAAAACUCUUUGAAUUGUAUAUUUAAUUAAUUUUUGAGCAAUCAAUAAUUUUACAAUGCACUUUGUUAUUAUUACAUCUUUGAUUAUACCUUAACAAAGUCAGGUCAAGCCAUUUAUAUACAUGUAUAUGGUCAUGGCAAAAAAAUUGACACAUAGUACAGUAUCACAUUAAAAUCAUAUAUUUAUAUGCAUUUUCCAAUUGAACGUGUCUUAACAUAAUUUGAAACGAGUUUGAAGCACAAAAGUGAAAAAAGAAACGAACGAAAUUGAUAAAUUCAUACUGAUACUUCAAAAAUUAUUAUUGUAUACCAUGUACACAUGAAAUUCGCGACACACGCAAAUACGUGUGCGCCCGCGUUCAAUUCUAUAGUAUUGGUAUCCAAAAUUGAGAAUUGUAAUCGCUGAUAUCGCGCGCGUAAAAAUUGUUAUCGAUAUAAAUUAAGCAAUUGGGUUACGUUAAUUAAAAGUCCCCAGUGGCCGUCCGAAAUCAGGGAUAUUUUCUUUGAACCCAAUUACAACCGAGUCUACUUGAGAUUUAAAUAAUGCACGAUACGUUGUUAGUGCAGAAGAACGAUAGUUAUCGAGCUUAUUUAUUGUGCGUAAUAAACACGCGGACGUUUAAAGUAGACGCUCUGUUGACGGCAGUAAGGUAUCACGUAUUUCUACGACUUCCAUGCGAUAAAAGUAUAAUAAUUCAGAAAGUAUACCACGAUGGCACUUACGUUAUUGUAUAUGUAUUAUUCUAGAUAUGGUAUCGUUUUUAAUCUACAUGCGUGGAACCGGCGGGCCGGGUGAGAAACAUUCGACGAUGGUAGGAAGUGCAGUUAAGUCUAAUCGUCUCACAGUAGUACAGUAAAGUUUAAUGUUUAUGUCAUCGUGAUAUGGCAUCUCAUUUUAAUGAAGAAACAAGUGCAUACGAAUGGACAGGCAAACACGUUCGGACGCUUUAAUUCAAUGAAAAAAAAAAUAUUAAAUAAAUAUUUGAUAAUCCAUCUUUUUAUAUAAUGUAAUUACAACGGCUAAACAAUAUUUUCAUUUUAUUGUACACGCGUUAGAAUUGACUUAUCGAAAUUUCUGUCAUCGUUUAUCAUUGAUACGCUCUCAAAUUCGAGACUAGUCGCGUCGAUAAAAUAUUACACAAUUAUGUGUAACUCUCAUGUUCAUGACUUACUUGUGUAUACUCUGCCUGUUCAUUUAUAUAUGUCUGCCUUCAUCGUCAUGUAUAUACCAUUUAUAUUCACAGUGUCCUUUAGUAUUUCUAGACGUUUUCCUUAACAUAUUUUAUGCAAGAGUAGGUGGUUAUAAUAUUCUAUAUGAAAGCGUGCGUGUGUGCAUGUAUGUACCGAGCGUGUCACAUAUUUGCGUAUUGUCUAUUGAUUCUACGACGGUGUAUGUGUGUAUAUGUGCAUAUGUACGGGAAUGUGUUCUCUUUGUAUGUUGAUGUGUUCGCUUGUGUAUCUUCGAGUUUUGCGGGCUCGAGUGCAUAACAUUGUGUCGUCGAACGCGCGAGUUCGCCUCGUCUUGUAAAAUAGUAUUUUUCUAAGUGGCGAAACAGCGUGCGCAAUUAUAUAUCGCGAUACCUGUGUCAAACGAACGAGUGGAUAGUACGAUGUUAUUUAAGAAUAGAUGUCUUGCGAUAUUUCUGAGAAAUGGGGGGUUAGACUGACGACAAAAAGAACAGAAAAAAAAAUAUAGAACGAAUAUUAUAUUCAACCGAUCGGAUUUUAGCAAGGGAAAGUUUAAUGAACACUGAAGGUGCAGACUUAAAGAAUCAGAUCGUCUCUCGAAAGUACUACGUAUAUAGAUUAAACACUCUAUGUCAUACUGCCAACUUGUAAUCGAGUAAAUGUCCAAACUGAGAGUAUCCUAACGCAAACAAAUUUUCCGUAAUUCGCGGGUAACGCGUGCGAAACACUGUGUUCCCAGAAGGAAAAAUGCGAGAGAAAUUGUACAUAUAACUCUGUCAAAUUGUGACGGAACGUUCGAUCGACAAUCGUGCAACCGGGGAAUGAAAGUUGAAACGAUCGAUCGACCGAAUAUUUGGGUGGCCACCAAGUCCACCUGAAUCCAUCUUCAUUUGUUCAAAGUCAGGGGCGUAAAUGUUAGCGAUUUCUCUUUUAUCGAGAUUAAUUAACGUUUCCUGUCAUUCUUGUAUGUAUAUAUAUAUAUAUGUAUGUAUGUGUGUUUGCGCACGCGUGUAUGUACGUAUGUAGUAUGUAUGUAUGUAUGUAUAUGUAUAGAAAACAGAAAAAAAAAAAAAACAAAAAAAGUACGAAACCUUUUUUUACGAAUUUAAAAUUUUCAUCAAUCGACCGUGCGUUUACAUUCUGUUGCGCGCAACCGGGGUACACAGUCAGUCGAUAAAAAAAAGAAAGACACCGAUGUUGCGUGAGUGAUAAAAUUUCUCAACGUUCAUUCGACACGUUUACCUUAUUAUUUUAUGCGACAUAUUCGAGGAAGAAUGAAGGACAAAUUGGACGGAAGGAAAAUGCUGUGCCCGGACUGCGCAACAUCCCACUUACGUCCCUGUCGUAAUCGUCGAUUCACGCGGCCACUUAACAUAGGGAUUUAGAAUUGAACUUAAGAUAGGUGUACAUCGUUUGUCGAUCGGAAGAGUCUUACUAAUUAAGAGAGCGUUUUAUUAAGGUGCGCCUCAGAAGAAAAAAAAAAAAAAUACUAAAUGUGAUGUGAAUCAUUAAAAUAAUUCGUCUGUUUGUAAUUGUUUGUGUUUAGACAAUCGUUAUUUUGCAACGUUUAGUUUUUUGAAGAAACACGAUCUCUGUAUACGCUUCUAAGUUCCUACGUUAAGUUCUUGUACAAAUUACCGUCAAGUGUUUGUAUACGAAACCGUAGCCUCAUACAGUACUAAUUUUUGAACGUUUACAUUUUCUGCGCGAAUAGAAUCAGUCUAUUACACACAGAACGUUACAUCAUAGAGUGUCUUAGAGAACUAGGAACAUACGAAAUGAACAUCAGUCCAUCAGUUAGAAUGCAUUCAGUUUGAAAGGUUGAAUAAUGACGUAAAUAUCUUCCAACGGUGAAUUAUAGAGUACGCACAUUUUUAAUGUUGUAUUUUAUCAGAAACAAAUCUCAGAACUUCCAUCUGGUCUUUCCUUCUUCGUUUCUGUUUGUCGUUACAAACGUCGAAGUACAGAAGUUAACCGCGAAACGGUCGAGUUAUUGAAUAUAAUUUGAAUUAGUAGGAUUUUAAACGUGUGUACUCAGGACUUUUUUCUUCGUAAGCUGUAUAUUUUUGUUUAUGCCUUACGCAAACAAAUAGAUGUAAAGUAAUUAAGAGAUACAAGUUAGUAAAAUUGUAUUACGUAAACAACAACAAAUAAGAUUUCGCAUUGUUUUGUGAAAUUGUAUAUCGUAAAAAACCCAUUUGGAAAAAAAAAAGAAAAUGUUUCGUGAACACAUUUAUCUAUGUUCCAGUUCGCUAAGUCCAGGGAAUAUUAAUGUCAACAAGUAAAAUUUUCUUCCACUGGCGAAUAAACGUAAUAACAUAUCAACGCGUUUAUUAGCGAAUUUUUAAUUUAAUGUUAUUUAGGCGUAUUUGAGAAAAGCAGAAAUGGAUAUUAUACAUCUCAUUGAAUUUUUCUUGCCGACAACGUGUGCCGAUUCGACGAUUUAG